CGCGCCGCCUCCCUUCCACCAGGCCAACGACAAGGACAAUGCCACCUCCAAAAGAGCUCCGCAUAUUCCUUUUUAUACAUUUUUCCCCCUACCUAUGCUGAUAGCCUUGAGAGGCUUUUUCUUCUAGAUACACCAUUUGGUCCACUACAAAAUGUUUCUUUAUUAAUUUCGUUUUUUUUUUUUCAUAGAACAAAAUAGUUUGAAAUUUUCAAAUUUUAAACGCAUGUGUAGAAAAAUAUGUGUCGAGUCUCCUAGUACAUAAACCGGGGCCGAAAACAAUGCGAAUAAAUCCAGCCACAAAAUUUAAAAUAAUAUACAAAUAUUUUAGUGUUGCACUCGAUUUUAGUGACUUUUUUUUCUAUAUACUGAGUCUUAAGCGGCUAUAUCAGCUUCGCCCUAACAUGUAAGUGAGCUCACGGGGCUCAAACCGGGAGUGUUGCUAACACUGACCCUAGCAAGAGCAGUGCUUCGCAGAAUCUACCACCGGAUCGGAAACGCGACCCACUGAGAAGAUCCGGCGAGAAACUCAGUAGGCUGUGUCUGAGGGUUAAAUUAGCGACCCGCCCGUGCUUCGCUUCGGGAACUAUAACUUAUUAUUGAUCUUAUUGAAUUUUCUAUCUUCAUCUUUCAUAAUAUCGCGCACUCGAUUGUGAAUAGUCAUAACUAUUCAAAUAUUGAUCCACCUACCAUUCAUUACAACCAUGAUUAACAUGCAUGUUAUUCUGCAGUGUAAGCUAUAUUAUUGUAAGCUUCAUCAAAAUUCAUUGAGCACUUUUUGCGUGAAAGAGUAACAAUUAAGAUGUAGUGGGAAAUUAUUUUCCUUCGGGAAAACUCUGAUCUUUAUCGGAAUACGAUGACACCCGAACAGUCAAUGAAUGAUUAUAUUAAAUGAGUAACAUUUUCAUAUCCAAUAGUAUGGAACUUUAUUAUUUAGUGUCAAAAUGAAUAAUGUCAUUGCACUGAGAGAGCACGAUAAAUACGAACUUUUCCGAAAAAUUACGAAGUACUUUUCUGAAUAUGUCUAUACAUUCUUACACACUUUCACAUUUAUAAUAUUAAGUAGGAUGAAUCAAAAAAGGGUAUUAUUAUGAUAUAUAAAAAAAUCAUUGGAUUCAUUGAACAUUGGCUUCAACCCUGAUUCCUUCAAUGCAGGAAAGGGCUUGCAUUUUUUUGCUUACCUAAUCGUCGGUACCCUAAAGGGCUAUUCUAACUACUCACGGACCGGUAGGUGAGCUCCCUGGGCUCAUCCUGAGAGAAUUUACUAAAACUAGCCCUAGCAAGCACAGUGCUUCGCAGAAUCUACCAUCGGGUCGGAAUCACGGCCCAAUGAGAAGACCCGGUGAAAGAAACUCAGUUACUUGUGUUUGUGGCAGCGUAUUCCCAAAAGGACAAGCACUAACACAUUUCCCCACCCCCACUGUGCCAGAAAAAAGUUUUCAUAAACUAUCGUAAAUGCCUUAAACAAAUAAAAUAUCAAUCAAACUGCUGGGAAACCCGAUCGCGAAUAACAUUGCACAGCGCGUAAUAAAAAUCUCGUCAAUAAAAUAUAAAACAUUAAAACAGAAAAACAAUAAAAAUGUUUCACGUGUAUUGUAUUUCUCUUAUGUUGAACAACAUUGUAAUACAUAAUGGGUAUUGUGGCAUUGAAUCUAAUGUUAUAUUUCGUUUUGCAAACUGUAAAUAUUGUGGUUUGCACGAAAUCACUGCGCACAGGCAGAGAUGCUUUAGAAGAUGAGUACCCGUACGUUGUGACGGUCGAGUUAAAACUCACGAAUACUACGACGAACGCUCUGCUGUGCUCGGGGUGCGUGCUGACCCCGACCUGGACCCUGACCACCGCGCGCUGCGUCUCCAAAACCGAAGACUUGCUAAUCCAGGAUCCGAAGAUGUCAUGGGUGGUGUACUAUGGACUCACGCAGAAACCUUCCCAGGACACCGCCAUCGCGAUCCUUUCCGGAAUAGUCCACCCCAGAUAUGCCGCGUCACCGAGAAUGCUUCACAACGACAUCGGCCUUCUGCGCACCGAUCCCAUCACCCUUAAACAGUUCGCCAAAUUGAGCGCCGUUGACAUGUUCUCUAUGAACGGUUACGAAGUUGAGCUAAUAGGCUUCAAGUCGACCAAUGAUACCAGUGGAAAAUUGAAGAGAACUCUACAGAUUUCAUCGGUUGUGGUGAAGACUUGUGAAGGCACCGUUACUUAUCCGGGGAUGUGUUUGGCUCGGUCCUGCUCGUUGACCGACGCUUGUCACCAGGAAACUGGAGGUAUAGCCAUCCACAGCACCGGGGUCAUAGCACUCCUGGCCAGUGGACGCAAGAGGGACUGCUUGGAGAACAAUGAGAGACAGCAGGCCUAUCAAAUUGAGACAAUGACUUCAAUUGUGCCAUAUAUAGAUUGGAUUCAUACUCAUAUCAAGAGCUAAUAGUAGCUAGUGUAAGAUUGGUGUCAGAAGCUUCAGUGAACGGAUGAAAUUUGUAUUGUUUUCUCAAUAAAAGUGUUUGUUUAUGAGCUUUAUUUGUAUUUAGCUUUUAAAAGCAAUUAAAAAUGCUCAGUUAACUUGAUGAUUACCCGCCUUUAGUUAAGCCUGCUCACUAAAGUAUUGAUAUUUUACACUGACUAACUUUGUACGCUUCGGGCUUGUGUUGGAUCAAUGUUUUAUCUUCUCGUUAUUUUACUUGCUUAGCUUAUACUGUUGUGUAUGCACAAAUGAAAGAUUCCAAAGCAGACUGGUUUAUUUUUGCAUCUACCCGCCAUUUUAUAAUGCGAUUUAAUAUCUAUACAUAACACUUGUAAUAAAGGGAGGUGGCGGAAUUCAUGGAAUUCAUUUGGUGAACUAUAUCUGAUGUUUAUAGGUUCCGUGAAGCUGUUGACCUGGAGUUGGCCAUUAGUUUGUUCAAAUAAUUGUUCCAUGCUCUCUGCGACAUACGCCUUAGUAACUUCUUACUGCAUUUCCAAAUAGUAAGGAAAUUGUAUAAUGGUAAACAUGACGUAAUAGCUUAGGUUAUUUGAAGAUACACUUUUUUAACGAGCAUAAUAAGAAAUACUAUUGCAACAUUCUCUUCGAAACUCGUUUAAGAUACUCAUUACGAUUGAUUACAAUUCAGGUUAAAGGUCUACUCCCCGACGAGGA